AAAGUUCAACUUCGCUAGCUUAGCAUUAGCUCAAUUUAAAUGAUAGUGUGGAUAGACGCUAGCGCUGUAAGUGCUAAUAGCAGUAGCGGGACCGCCUUUGACUCCGAACGGGAAUUUUUUCUUUUUUUCCCCCACUUAGUGCUGUCUGACCUACGACGUGACUCAGACAGCUUCACCUCUCGAAUGACCGAGCAGCUAUGGCCGGGCGGUACGGAGCAGGAGAAUGAGUGCAAGGCUUCGAAGAGGAUGCGACCGUCUUUCAGCGAGGACUGCCCAGCUUGACAUACCCGCCAGCUGACAGUUACCGGGCAGAGACCUGGCUCCCGGUAGGGAGAGUCAAUUCAUUGAGUAGAGCGGACCGGAUAACUCUGCUGCAAUGGCUGCUGUGAGCGGAGGAAACACGCUGGCAGCGGGUCCGGGAGGCGCGGUCUCUGCGGCCAACGCGUCCUCCAGCCCGGCCCCGGGGGAGAAAACUCGGCACUGCGAGAACGGCGACCUGAUGGACUCCUUCGGGAUCUUCCUGCAGGGCCUCCUGGCCGUGAUGGCUUUCAGCACGCUCAUGUUAAAACGCUUCAGGGAGCCCAAACAUGAAAGGAGACCCUGGAAGAUUUGGUUCCUGGACACCUCAAAGCAAGCAAUUGGGAUGCUCUUCAUCCACUUUGCUAACGUGUAUUUGUCAGACCUUACGGAGGAGGAUCCCUGCUCGCUAUACCUCAUUAAUUUCUUGUUGGAUGCCUCUCUGGGCAUGUUGCUCAUAUAUGCAGGCGUGAAGGCUGUCAGUGCUGUUGUUGAAUGGAGGCAGUGGGAUUCUCUGCGUUUUGGUGAAUAUGGAGAGCCAGUGCAGUGCACCGCAUGGUUGGGCCAAUGCAUCCUCUACAUUCUCAUCGUGAUGGUCGAGAAAAUUCUCAUGAUGUUGUUCCUACUUAUUCCCCAGUGGAAGAAGCUGGCUCUCCUUAAUCCCAUAAAGAAUCCUGACCUGGAGCUGGCCAUUGUCAUGCUCAUCGUUCCAUUCUUCGUCAAUGCCCUCAUGUUUUGGGUGGUUGAUAAUUUCCUAAUGAAGAAGCACAGGACAAAAGCAAAGCUAGAGGAGAGGGAAGAGGACUUGCGUGGGAACAGCAAAGUUCGCUACAGACGAGCGCUUUCUCACGAUGACUCAGAAUCAGAGAUCCUGUUCUCGGCAGACGAUGAGAUGGACGAGUCGGAUGAAGACGACGUCCGUCGACUCACCGGUCUGAAGACGGUGAAAAAGAAAAAGCUUCGAAUGGGGAUUCCCGUUUGAUGAGCUCGGCCACCUUUAUGUCUAAAAGCUGUUCUCUUUAAGUCCGCCUACAUUUCUGUACCUCCUCUAACCACAACAGCUUUUGGUUCUCUUCAAAGACGACACUGUACUUAGAGUUUCCUUCCCUGAUCGUUCCCAGAGGAUUGGUACGCAAAAAAGAUAAAUGUUUCUGACUUGGGAUGCCGAAACACACUUUUUUUUUUUUUUCUCGCAGGUGUACCUUUGGAUAAUUGCUGCAUGUCGACUUUGCACUUUGAGAGAACUGUUGUUUGUAGAUGGAUCAGAAAAAGAAACCGUUCCAGAACAAAGUGCUAAUAUUUGCGUAAUGGGAGACAAAUGACACUAAUUUCCUGACUGGACUCGUGCGUCUCGGAUCAUUUCAGUUGGUGGCCUCGAGAAACAGAUAUGCAAACUAACCAAUCUGUGAUAUCAUUUACAUUUCCUUCCUUAACGUGUUCCUUACAUAUUUGAAGCUCUGAUGCGACCUUCACUUCAGCUUCGGCCUUUCGUGUAUUAGUACCAUCAUGGUCUGCAGAGUAUAAACCAUACUUGUGAGGGAAGGUGUGGACAUUCUUUCUCCCUUCCAGCACAGUAACAAACUUAAUCACUGUACACCUUCUGUGUGAUCUUACUUUUGUCAAAGGGAGUUUGUUAAUUCACGGGAGUCUAACAAACAACUGUGAAGAGCUUUCUAGUGUCGACUCAGUCUGUCAGACAUUUCAUGAAGCACUCAUUUGUUUGGGUUUGUUGUGAGUUUUGUUCCUUUGUGUUUAUGAAUUUUUGUUUGUUGGUUUGUCUUUUGGUUUAAUUUUUCAAUUUGCAUUUUCUUGGGCCAAAAAGAUGACUCUGCUUGCCUCCAAAGUGUUUUUCAUUCCUGCAGAGAGACUUUAUAGAGGAGCUGGUUUUUUUGCACAUGUUCAUAGCUUCUUUUUUUCUUUUUCCUUGUCUUUGUUUUGUCCUUUGUUGUGUGGAGUUUGUAUGGACUGCAGGUCAGUUCCCUCCUUUACCAAUUCGUAGUCGGGUUUCUGACCCGCUCCUUGCCCCUUUGUCCCUUCCAAAACCUAUUACACCCAUGUACUUAUGCGGUUGGUGCAUCAAGUAGGAUUUUUUUGUGUGUGUUUGUUUUGUCGUUGUCAGGUAUUUUUAAAGAUGUGGAGUUUGUUAAGACGGUUUGAGGUCCUCUAUUCUUUUGAUGAUGUUUAUUCUGAUCUUUGUUUGGGCAAAUUGACGGGCAAAUUUGAGCCUGCGUUUUUCUCUUGCAAAACAUGUAGAAACUUUGAACUAAGAGCAACCUCCUGGCGUUACAUAUGUAUCAAAGUUGUGUAACCAUACUUUCUCAUAUUGGACUAAAUAUAUAAAGCAGAAAAUUACUUAAAAUCAUCUGUUGCAAAAGCAGACACAAAGCGUUUGUAUUUCGUGUGCGAAUUAAUGGCAACUUUUUUUGGGGGGGGGUACAAAACUGCACAAGUACGAAAUGACGAAGGAGGCAAAGUGACCUGCACCUGUUAGUACUUUUUAUGUAUUUUUUUUGCCUGCAAACGGAGCUUCAGAUCUUCAAGCAUGAAGCAACACCUGGCGAGCUCUGAUGUUCAGAAUGUGACUUACUCUGACCUCUAAACUGUAAAUGAUGUGUGGCCCAGACAGCUGAGAGAAAGGUGUGUGUGUGUGUGCUUGCUUGCGUGCGCAUGUGUGUGUGUGGACGGUGGUGUAUAUAUUCAAAUAUACCUGCAACUUCAAGCGUGCGAUGAAAUGACCUCUGGUUCUCAUUAACGGUAAACUAAGUUACAUAAACUGUGAAGACUUC